AUGUGGCAACGUAUAUGUUUGGAGAACGGAUAUGUGGAACUUAAAGCACCAAGCUUUCGCUUUCUCGGAGGUUGGGCGGCGAAUCGAGCGAAUGAGCAAGCGGGAAUCACGAUCUUCUCACAUAUGAACCUUCAAGAAGCACAUCAGAAUCGACGAGAACGCGAGGUCGCAUAUGGACAAUGUUAUGAGCGAUCUCCAUGGAAGUCGCUGUACUUGCGGAAGAUGCGAAUCACUUCAAAUUGGCGAUCCCGAGCGAUUCAAUCAAGCACUGUUCUAAAGGGUCGACACUUGUCUACACGUUGUCUACAAAUUCAAUCUGAUCGUAUCUUUACUCCUUCGUCGGAUACGUCGCGUCGCGGGUCUGGAAUGUUCACGUCGCGGGUCUGGAAUGUUGAUAAUGCUCAACCAGCUUUCACUCUAACUGGCCAUAUGAAUGCCGUUUGGACUUAUGCAGUGAGCGAUGAUGGCAAGUAUAUUGUCAGUCUCUCGGCUGAUCGAACGGUGCCCGUUUGGUGUGGUCAAACCGGGGUACAGCGCCAUGUUCUACGGGGACAUACGGGUUUCAUUGAAUGCAUCAGUCUACAUGGCACCACUCUUGUUACUGGAUCUUCGGAUGAAACACUCCGAGUCUGGGACAUUGUCGAUGGGAAAUGCCAUCACAUUUUGGCUGGCCACGUGGAGCCAGUGCGUUGCGUGCAAUUUGAUGGGGAACGGGCUGUAUCGGGUGUCUUCGGAUACCUAUACCCUAAUGAUUUUACCGUAAAGGUUUGGAAUGUACACACGGAGAAGUGUUUGCACACGCUGACGAGGGGUCACACAGAUAGAGUUUGUUCACUUUUGUUUGAACCAGGGCGCGACCUUGUCGUCUCCGGCAGUAUUGACGCAACGAUUUGCGUCUGGAAUGCGCAAAGAGGAACAUGCAUCGCGCGCCUUGUGCUUCAUCAAGGGUCAGUGGGCCUACGUGGUGACGUUUCCAUGGAGCUUCGCGGAAACAUUUUGCUAUCCUGCUAUGCCGGCACGAACUGGUAUGUUCAGGUUUGGGACAUUCGUGACGGCGGCUCGUGCACUCAUCGUUUACAAGGCGCGAAUAGUCACACGUCGGACAUCACUUCAUGGCAAUUGCUCGAUUCGGGGCUUUUGGUGACAGGUUCGCUGGAUGGCUGGGUCAAGCUGUGGGACGUGGAUAAGGGUAUCUUCGUUCGUGACCUCGCUCGUUUUCAAUCGGGUAGAUCUGGCGGUUGCAUUUGGCGUCUCGAAGCCACUGAAACAUUGCUUGAACAAUACUUGGCCAAGCGUUUUCUACGUACGCAACACGUGGCCAAGGAUUUAUCUUACUUUGCCAUCAACAUAUCCCAAGAUAGGACCUUCUCAUCACCAAUGUCUUCUGAGACGAAGCCGCGAGAAAUCCGUUUCUCGCCUUUUCGAACUCCGAAGCGUGUUCCAUUGAGAAGACGAUCGCUAGAAGAGACCCCAAAUGAACCAUCAACAUCAGGCCUCUCUCCGCAUAUAAUAAAUCAGGCACUUGAAGGAGAAAUGACGGCCCUUCAAAUCAAGCAGGAAACGAUUGAAGAGGACGACCAUGCAAAUCCAUCUGAGACAUUAUCAAUAGCUUCGACUUACUUUGGAGAAGAGUGUCCCCAUUUGUCUGCGACGGGGAAUCCACAAGGAAAUCCACCCUCCCCACAACACAUCGCAAUUCGAGAUAUUUUUCAAUUGAGAAUGACAUUUCCACACGUUCUCAAUUUGAAUCCAUUUGUUGGUGACAACAAGCUCAACUCUGAUGAUGAAAAAGAU